CUCUCGUCGGUCAGUAUAGCAAUAUGGCGUUUGCAGACGACGCAUGGAGAUAUGUGCACGGCCUGGCAGGCGGUGAAGUGCAAUUGAUAUACUAUGUGUCAUAUAUGUUUCUCGCGUGGGGAGCACUUGUUGCAGUGUCAUUACAGGUCGUCAGUGCUCCGUAUGGCCGGUAUGCCCGAAAAGGUUGGGGCGUCGGCGUGACUGCGAAUGUGGCCUGGGCGAUCCAAGAACUGCCUUCGUUUGCUGUGCCGUUACUGCUGCUGGCAUUAUCAGACUCUCCAAAGAUUCAUGAUCUACCAAAUAAAAUAAUCCUCGGCUUGUUUCUCCUCCAUUAUUUUCAAAGAACCUUCAUUUUCUCACCACUGAUAAAAGGAGGCAAGGCUACACCUCUUGUGCCAUUCCUGAUGGCAUUUGUGUUCUGUACAAUGAAUGGGUACUUACAGGGCCGUUACCUGCUCAGGUAUGCUGACUUCAGUGCUGACUGGGAGAGGAAACCCACUUUCCUUCUUGGCAUUGCCAUGUUUUUCUCAGGGAUGUUUAUCAAUAUCCAGUCUGACUCAAUAUUGAGGAACCUCCGUGAUCCUGGAGAAACAUGCUACAAGAUACCUAGAGGGGGGAUGUUUGAGUAUGUUUCUGGAGCCAACUUCCUGGGUGAGAUUCUGGAAUGGUGGGGCUUUGCUGUGGCCAGUUGUACCCUGCCAGCGUUGGGGUUUGCCGUGUUCACCACAUGUAACAUCGGCCCACGUGCCUGCCAACACCAUCAGUGGUACAGACAGAAGUUUGAAGAUUAUCCCAAGGGUAGAAGAGCUGUUCUGCCCUUUAUUCUGUAACUACUAUUCCUGAGUUCCUUAUGUAUGUGCCUACAAACAUCUUGUAUCUUUUCCAGCAGACUCGACUGCUCACUGGGCUGUUGUCUGUAUUUGCUGUAACUAAUAUUGACAUUUGUAUUUCAAUGAUUACAAUGUGAAGAAACUGGUCUGGCCUUUUGAAAAAAAGCAGUUAUGAUUUACUGAUGCAUUAAAGAAUUAAGAAUAGAAUGUGUACGCUCUUUCAGUUGAUUCCUGGAGAAUCUCUGUUGGGUAGAAAUCUCAGAGUGUUUGGCGCUUCUGUGGUUCACAGAAUAUGUCUCAGGGAAAUUGGUCACUGUGUUUUCUACCAUGAAUUGGUCCAUCAAAGCUGUUUCAAAUCACAAGAACAACUUCUUAUUGAAAUAGUUGUUUUUGAUUGCUGCAUAACAACCACAGCAAAUAUUUAUUUGCAAAGGACUUUUUCUCCAUUAUUGUUGAUUGGCAUCUUCAAAUAAUCAAUGUAAAAUGUUGCAAACUUCACAUAUGCAGUUACUCCAAUGUUCAAAGUAAACAAAAAUGUUUAAGAGACCAGUCAUUUAUUAUAAGGUGGGGUGGGUCAGAGAUAAUCCGGAGGGAGGGGAGGGUCACUAAAUAAUAUGACAGUCUCAAUGGGAGGGUUAUGAAUAAUGAUAAACAUAUUUGGGGUGGGUCAUGAACAAAAUUACCAGUCCCUAACUUUUGAAACCUUCUGCUGCAUCUUUGGUUCUAUAUUCAAUUUAGUAAGGUUAACUCUGGGGAUUAACUGUGGAGGUAGACCUAGCUCUCCAGUAAAAAGACAGUAUGUUUACCUCCUACAUGAUCAUCAAUAAACCAUGUGACUGCAAUAUAUUCCAACUUGGCACAUAUAAUGUCUGGAGUACUGUCACCACUGCUGUCUGCCAUGUACAUACCGUUCAACAAGGCUGGACACUGUGAUUGACACUAGUCUCUCUGGACCUGCAUAAUACAGGAAAAUGUGAACCAGGACAUGUUGUUUGUUUCUGUGAUUGGUGUAAAUGUUUUGUGUUCUCUUGUUCCGUAGAAAUAUCCAGUUGACAAAAUUUGAUUAUCUUUGAAUAAAAUAUGGUCCUUU